AUGGAUGCUUUAAUUGAAGACUCCUCAAAUCCGCGGAUAAUUCCUACCACAACCCAUACUAACCAUGAUAACAUUAAUAACAAUAACAUUAAUGGUAAUAAUCAUAUUGUGCCAUCACAGCAAUCUCCGAUAAUCAAUGAAAUUACACCAAGCGUGCCUAUUACUCUCCCUUCACUUAUUCCCAAACAUGAUGACAGCGAUGAACACAGUAAAACUUUAAUUCAUGUAUUACGUUGUAGACAUUGUAGCUUUGAGUCCAUUUUAAGAUCACGUUUUGAUAAACAUUUGCCAUGUUCACAAGAAAUGGACAAUUAUCAAUUGUAUACAUGUUCAAUAUGUUCAACAUGUUCAACAUCACAACUAAUCAUGGAUGAACACAGGAAAGUACAUCAUCCGAAUGAGAGUAAAAAUAUUAUCAUUGAAAGUAUUGAGCAAUUUGUGAAAGAAUCAUCAUUAUCAGACGAUGAAGACACACUGAAUUUAUCCCUACAAAAUUCUGUCAAUAAGUCAACUUCCCUGACGAAUAAUCUUAAUCCACAGGACUGUGUAAACUCUACACAGAACAGUAGUAACCCUAUAAAGUCUCCAGAAGUGGUAAUGCAGACUAGCAUCAAUGACCUGCAUCCAAAGGGUCUUCCAAAGGGGGACAGUAACAACACUGAUAUGAUGAAUAAAAGCCGAUACGCCUCAAUUCAUCCGAAUACUGAAGUGAAUAAUAUCAGUGAAAGUUUGGACUCUAGUCAGUCUUUUAAUGCAUCUAAUAAUUUCUAUGGUAGUAUACGACAAAUGUAUGAAUUUAUGCAAAAUCGUCAGCAGCUAACUGAUCCUUAUGUUAACUUUCACCAGCAACAGCAAGAACACUGUCGGCAUCAAAGGCAGUCAGAACAGAAUUUACAUCAGCCAACAUCCUUGUCAACUCCAUCUCUGCAACCCCAACUACAACAGCAGUACCAGACAUCUCAGACUAUACCUUUCAAUCCUUCAGACUAUGAUACGAACUUCUUAAAUAUUCUUAACUCACUUACUGGUUUCCCAACUUAUCACCAAACCUCAGCUUAUCCAUCACUGCAACAGACACCAUUAAAGUUGUCUGAAAUGAAUUCAAAUAAAUCAGAAUCACAAUGUCAACAAUUGAUUCGAUCAUCAGAGUCAAUACAAUGUCAAAUCUGUUGUCAACUGAUAACAGCUGAUCAUGAAAAUACUACUAAAAAUAGUGGUCAUAAUUCAAUUGAAAAUCUUAUUAAACAUUUAACACUUGUGCAUAUGCUACCAUUACCAGUUGUCAUUAAUUACGUAACAGCUUAUAUGACUGAGAAGGCGGGCGAGAAUAAUUCAAAUACUAUACGAAAUGAUAAGGCUAGUGGAGUUAAAAAUACCACUAAUACCACUACUACUGUUGCUACGGCUAAUUCCAGUACACCUGUUGCUAAUAAUGGUAAUAGUCAUAAUAAUAACAGUCGUAACAUCAACAGUAAAAUUCAUGAUAACAGUAUACAUCACCGUCUAGCAGACAAAAUGAACAAUGAACAGUUGUGGAAUCCCACUUAUUGUGAACAAAACCCUCUGCCAUUCCUAUCAGCUGUUUCAAAUAAAGAAGACAGAUACAAUCAGAAUAGUACAGGUUUCGAAGGCAUUUCUUCUAAAGCGAUGUCCACUGGUACUACACACACACAAGAGUCAAGCUUACCAGAUGACCUGAAACUUUGGACAUGUCCGCAGUGCAGUUUAAAAUUUACAAAUUUUCAACUAUUCCACAUACAUUUUACACAAGUUCAUAAUACAUCAGAUUUGAAUUUAUUCAACUUUGCUGAAAAUCUUUUGCAUAGCUCAUUACAAUUCGGUAAUAAUCCUUUAUUAUCACCACAAAUGAUAUUAUCUGCAAUGAACCAAUCAAAAUCAGUUGGUUCAUUUGAUAGUCGAUCUGACAAGACUUUGACCAAUUCAUUAGCAAAUAAUAAUUCAACAUUUAAUCCUUUCAGUUGCGAAGAUAACCCUGAUUUACGCAGCAUUAACAGUGCAACAUCGUCAACAAUGCGGAGUGAUAUACUAAAGGAGUGCAAUAGUAAUUGUUGUAACAACAACACAAAUAAUAGUAAUAAUAAUAUCCCUGAAACAUUUCCAAUGAACAAUUCAACUUUUUCUCAAGCCAACUUAGCAGCAAUUGCAGCUGCGGCAGCUGGAUAUGGAUUUCCUUUACCACAGGGAUUAUCGCUGAAACCUCCGACUACUACUUUAUCAUCACCUACACCAACAUCAACUGGAAUGCUAAACAGCUUUAGUUCAAAGUUAUUCAACUUCCCAACAGCUACAGAUAUAAUAAACUCCACUAAUUCACCUGUUGACAUCAUCAAUACGCUUAGUAAUUCUUGUGAAAAUGCCGGAAUAAAUAUGAAAAAUAACAAUAAUAGUAAUAAUAAGACUCCAUCUAAUUUAUCAGACAAAAGAAAAUUUAGAGAAUCAUUACAUGGUUAUACUUCAAAUCUCUUCGAGGCUAAACGUAUGAAAUUCCAAGAACAAAUCUCUACCACAGGAUCAAUUCCUUCAAGUCAAGAUCAAAACAACGCAUUCUGGAAGUUAGGCCAACUGUUCCCACAUCUUCCAAUGUUAUCUUCAUUAUGGCCGUCAUCGUUAGCGUCGAUUGGUGGUGCACCCGAAACCUACGAUACAUCACAAAACCAAACUACUGAUUCACUAGAGAAAAGCCAAGCAACCUUCCCAAUUAUAUCAUCACGCAGUAACAAUCAGAUAGAGGUUGACAAUGAGAUAAAUUCCACACUGUCAUCAAGAUGCCGAGGGAAAAUGAAUCCAUCAUAUUUGAACAAUGAUAAUAAUAAGAAUAAAUCGUCUGGUGAGUUACUCACCUCCAACAACAAUAACACUAUUAAUAGUAGUAUUAAUGAGAAUAAUUUCAAAUGGAAUUCUUUAACAACUUCUACAUCUAUUCAUAAAUCCAUCACAGGAUUACAUUCUUCAUCUUCUUCUCUAACGAAUUCUUCAACAUUCAACAAAAAAUUGGAUCCUGAUCGGGAUAAUGUUGAUGCUGAUGAUUAUGAUGAAUGUUUAGACAGUAUGAUAACGACAGGUGAAAAUGAACGCAUGAGAAAUUCAUCAUCUGAUGAUAUUGAAGACAAUCCAGUUAAACUCACUACUACUACUACUACUACUAGUAUUAAUAAUAAUAAUAGCACGUAUAAUCCAUCAGUUGAUUCAACUCAUAGUAAUAAUAAUAAUAACAGCAACAGCAAUUUAUCGUGUUCAACACCAGAAUUACAGCCUAGUUCAAUACAUGUUAAUGGUGCUGUACAUAAUACACUAAGAAAAACUCGUUCAGAUAUGAAAGUGAUUCAUAGAUAUUUAAUUCAAGUGAAACAUGAUACACGUGAAAUACAUCAGAUACCUAGUCAUGAAUUAGACAGAUACAUACAAGAUUUUGUACUCACUGCAAAAAAGAAAGAUGGACAUGAAUAUGAACCGGAAUCAUUGAAGGCUUUCGUUCAUUCCUUAGAACGUCAUCUUAAGCAUCAUGAUUAUUCACAUUCAGUUCUAAAAGGAAAUGCAUUUGCUGGAACACGAGCAGUGCUUAAUCAACGUUUAAAUGAAUUACGUGCACUUAGUCGUUCUGGUGUUCCAACGAAUGGUGCCUACGGGAGCACAAUUACCGGGGGGAAUAAACGAACUUCAGGAUCAGGUGAUGAUAUAACUAUGGAUAGUAGACCAACAUAUUAUUCUAGAAAAAAUAAUUCAAAUACAAAUGGAUUCACUUCAGCUGAUCUUCUACAAGCAGGUGUUCUUGGUACUGAAAAUCCUCAAGCAAUACUGAAUAGUCUGUGGCUUAUGAACCGAACACAAUUCAAUAUUGGUGGCACACAAAGACAUCGUAAUCUUGUUUGGGGACAAUUCCAGUUGGUGACAGAUGAGAACGGAAUUAAAGUGAUUAAAUUCACACCUUUGUUUGAAUCAUCUGAAGUACGCUUUUGUCGAGGAUAUGGAGGUACACGUGGUGGAGCAGCUAAUCAUGAUCCUAUGGCUAAAGCUCAGCCGCUUAGUUGUACAGGCAGUGCAAAACGUCAACCACUUCCAUUCAACUGUGUUGAAUUAUUUGAAAUCUACGCAAAUUUACGACCGCUAGAGGCUCGUGGUGUCUCUGAACCGUUUUAUUUAUGCCCAGAUCCAGGUUGGGAGAAUGGCUGUAGUUGGUUUAAAACAAAUGCAGCCGGAUCACAGCUUUUAUCUCGUAUACCACGUCUGCUUGGACUGAAACCAUCAAAAGAGCCAAUUCAGACGUCUGCAUUGAAUUCUAACUCUACUAAUCAAACGCAUAUGUCAAAUUCACUAAUAAAUCAGCCUAAAGAUUCUGAAAACUCCACACUAGAAACUUCUAGUCAAAUUAUAUCGAAUCCACCUGGUUAUCGAGAUAAUCAUCCAGCACAAACACCAUACAAUUAUUUUAAUAAUUCCAGCCAUCCAAAUUGCAGUGCAGAUUUUAUCCCACCGAGUUUACUCAACUUCUUCCCUUUCCUUUUCCCACCAACUCCAUCAGCAACAACGGCAACACCAAAUGACAGUUCGACGGCGCUGGCAACCGGCGGUAGUCUACCAGUAUAUCAGUCAUUAUUUAAUCCAUCUAUUGCAUUUCCAGAUGUUAUGCAAAGUGUAAAUUCAAGUUUAUUUCAACAGUCCUUGAAACAUAAACUUAUGGACGCUAACGCCCAAAAUAAUUCCAACUUAAUGUUAACGAAAGAGAAUAACAGUAAUAGUAAUUUUCCAUAUUCAUUACAACAUUUUGAACAUGAAUCCUUUUAUAAAACAAAUUUAACACCAUGCAAGGCUCCACUGAUGGACCCUGAGGAAGAAGAAGCUCGUGACGAUGAGGAGGAAACAUCAGUAGCCAUAGAAAAAGAGGAGGGGGAAACCAAUGAAAAUGUUGAAAAGUUGAGUUCACAUGCUUGUUUCUCUCCAGCGUCCGCUGAACCAGAUAUUGAAAAUUUGUCUACAUUAGGUAAUUCGCCUAAAAUGUCUACAGCAGUUAAGGUGGAUUCAGUACAUUCACCGCUUAGUGAGCAUUAUGCAUCUGAUUCACAUAUUUCACAUCAUUCACCAAUGUCUUCAUCAUCAUCAUCAUCGCCUUCUUCAUCUUCUUCAUCAGCAGACAGUGAAUCAUUCAGUCUUAAAAGGCGAAGCCACCAUCAUCACAAUGAUCGACGAAAGGAACAUUCAAAUACAGGAGAAGUUGCAGCCACUUCCUCACCAAUGAGAACAGUGAAAAAUAAUAACCAACAUCAUGAAAUACCUAAUGAAUUACACUAUGCACCAUCGCAUUAUCAUUCUCCUUCAACAUCUUGUGACAAAGAACAUCAAGAGUUAACACCAUCCAGACUGACAACAUCACCAUCAUCAAUGUCUUCGUCAAUAUCACCAGUGACAACAUCUGCUACCACGGUAGAUUCAGCAAAAAGCCUUAAACUAACCCUUUGUAAACUUGAAAGAACAAGUUAUGUCUGAAGACAUUUAGAUUAGCCUAACCACAUUCUUCCAGAAAGAAAAGAACAACAGUUUAUUAAGGAAAAAGGAAAUAGAGAGGGUAAACUUUGAGUGGCGUUUUAUCUGGACACAGAAAAGUCUAGUCUCCGUUAUUCCCCCCCCCCCGGUCUGCUUCUCUCCAUCUUUUCUCCCACUCCUACUGUCCUUCCAAAAACGCUAUUUCAUUGGAUCAUCUGAUUAAACGCACAAAUUUCUACUUCUUGUCCGUAAUUUUUUCUAUUUGUAAACUUUAAUUUUAGUAUAUUUCUCUCAGAUCAAAAAAUAAAUUAUACACUUAUUGCUGUAGUCAUUAUUACUAUUAUCAUUACAUUUGUAUAUACGUAUAUAGAAAAAAACUAUAUUAGCCAACACUUUAUCCUUCCUCUGUUCAUUGUCCAGAUCAUCCUUCUUUGGAAUUAUACAUAAACUGUAUAAACGCUGAAGGUGACCAUGUUAGAGCUGCGUAAAGCCACAGAGCUAAUGUUUUAUCUACCUUUAUUUCACUGGAACCACACCUGGACUCAUCAAUAUUUGCUUUCUACACAUGAAUUACAAAAAGUUACUAAAUAACUGUAUUCCAAUGACACAAACAAACCUACUCAUAUUGGUAGUACUCCUAUUAAUUCUAACGCUGCUCUUUUUUAUUGUUAUUAUAAUUAUUCUCAUCACCAUUAUUGUUGCGAUAAUUAAAACAGUGUUGACAUGCACUCACCAGUUUCAUUCACAAUAUUACGUCAAUAUCAUAAUAAGACAGUUGCAAAGCUGUAUGCAAAUAUGCGUAUGCAAAUUUAUCCCUUGUAUUACUUGUCCGCCUAUGUUUGCCAUUUUCUCCCCCAUUUGUUUAUAUAUAUAUAUAUAUAUAUAUAUAUAUAUAUA